UCUAUCCCAGCACCUCCACGUAACCCCUUGCAUGUCACCAAAAUAGCACUCUUCAGCCCACACGCCACACCUGUCAGUUUUAGACACUCCCCCUUCAUUCCCUUAAUCACUCCCUUCCCUUCUCGAUCUCACACAACAGCUCCAACCAUCGCAGGGGCCAUCCUGGGCCUCAUAUUUUUCCUCCCCUUAAUCAUCUUAUCAAGCCCAGUGUGGGUCCCAGCCGGCACCCUCGUAUUCAUCGUCACCGCAGGGUUCUUGUCCGUGUGCGGUUUCGGCGUUGCACUCGUGGCCGCGCUGUCGUGGAUGUACCGUUACUUCAGGGGGCUCCACCCGCCCGGUUCCGACCGCGUCGACUACGCGCGGACCCGCAUUUACGACACCGCCAGCCACGUCAAAGACUACGCCAGAGACUACAGAGGCUAUUUGCAGAGUAAGGUUAAAGAUGCAGCUCCCGGUGCGUGAGGACCCACCCGAUUAAGAUCGGAUCGGGUCAUAUCCACCAACUUACGGUGUGUAACUAUGGAUAUUCCGUCAACUUUUUUUUUUUUUUCUUUUCUUGUGUUUGAUCUGUUACUGUGGGUUAUCGGCGUCGUUAUGUUUUAUAUUUCUGAAUGCCAAUACUAAAUGUAGUUCUGUUACAAUUUUGGUCUUGUACGAGAAUGAGCUCAAAACUUCACGAUUUUAUUUUUUCUCACUAAAA